GCUGUCGGUGCUUUAGAAAUUUAAACUUCGACAAAUAUUGCGCUUCUCUUACAUUAAAUGACGCAGUUUUUUACUUUUGUGGGGAGGGGAGUGAAGCGAGUUAUUUGGAACUUGGAAGAGAAUUUUAAUAAUAAUGAAAGUCACAUCAUCUUCUAAGAGUAAACCUGGUCCGAACCAGGAAACUAAGGCAGCAACAAAAGUGCAGGACGAUGCCGACCGGCCGUGGAGCCGCUGGCCGCCGCUGCUGUACGGCUGCGUGUCAGUGCUGGUUGCCGUGUCGGCCGUCCUCGCGGCGCAGCUGUACCGACUACAGGAGCAGCAGGGCGGCCUGGGUGCCGCCGACCGGCCGCCGCGGGUCUGGGUCGCCGGGAACAAGGUGGACUCUGGAUAUCUGAAGCACGUUCUGAACGUAUUCGAACGUCUCGGUUACGAGCGUGGGUCGGAGGAGGACUUUGACGUGCUCUGGUCACACCCGUACCCAUUCCGCAUUUACAACGAUACGCUGCUCGCACGCAAGAGCCACCAGAAGGUGAAUCAUUUUCCCGGCUCGGGGUUCAUCACGUCCAAAGUGGAGCUGUCCACCAGCGGGAUAAAGCACAUACCGAUCGCCUUCAAAAUGCCCAAGGAGAAGGAACUGCUGCUCGACUAUGCCAAGAAGAAUCCUCAAACUCUGUUUGUGCAAAAGUCCAACAGCCACCGCGACAUUCAGAUCAAGAGCGUGGACGCGGCGGACCUGGACGCGAACAGCACCUUCUUCCAGGAGUACAUCGGCAACCCGCUGCUCGUGGAUGGCCACAAGUUCGACAUCGGCAUCUACACGGUGAUGACGUCACUGGACCCGCUGCGCGUCUACAUCUACUGGGGAGAUGUGCUGCUCAGGUUCUGUGCCGAAGAAUACCACCCGUUCGACGCCUCUGUGAUCAACAAGUACGUGGUAGGUGACGACUACCUGCCCAUCUGGAAGGUGCCCUCUCUCAGCCGCUACCACAACGAGCUGAAGUUGGGUCACAGGGAGUCUCUGAACGCCUUCCUGCGCUCCCAGGGCUCUAAGCCAGAGAAGAUCUGGUUGCAGAUCGAGGAGUCGAUCCGAUCGGUGUACCUGGUCAAGGAGCCAUCCAUGAUCCGCGCCUCGCGGAGGUUCGGAUCCACCCGGCAGUUCUUCGAGAUGGUGCGAUUCGACUUCGUGGUCGACGAUGAACUCAACGUCUACCUGAUGGAGGCCAAUAUGUCUCCAAACCUAUCAUCAGCGCACUUCCGUCAGAACGUGCCCCUGUACGAACAGGUGGUCUACAGCCUGCUGAGCCUGGUCGGCCUGGCGCCGCGGAUCCGCCCCGGCCUCGCCCGCCAGGCACGAUCGCCCGGUCCGGUAUCCGACAUGCUCGCCACCGACAAGGAACUGGCUGUGUUUGGUCUCGAGUGCGGCUCGCCAACCUGCAUCGACUCGUGUGGAGGUGUGUGCCGCGUCUGCCUGCCCUGUCUGACGAUCCCGCAGAAGGCCUUCCUCAGACAGGCGGUAGACGAACACCUGAACCGGCACCUGACGCGGCGCAUCCUGCCGCCGCAAACGACCGUUGAGGAGGCACGCACAGGACUGGAGGGAUUGCAAAACCUGAGCUCGACCAAUCAACUGAUGCACCUCUGGUUCCGCGGCAAGUGCCUGUUGGAGAGAAGCUGGUGUUAGGCGCCCCUACCGGCCCACGGAAGAUACACAGGGUCAAUGUGAGGCCACCCCCACUGACACACGCUCACUGCUGGCUGUUGGCGGUCUCCCAUUUAGGUAUGGAUGGCUGGGGUUGAUGGUGGGAGUUUGCAUGAAACUACAUUCCUACGGGUGACCGAGGAGUAACACGGUGCAUAGAUCUGCAACGAAAUGAUUUUGAAUGCCGUCCUUACAUUUUGAUGCUUUUUAUGGUUGUGUGCCAAAUUUGUUGUUUGUUUUAAUAGUUUAUUGUUUUGUUGUUAGAAGUAUGUGGGAAAGAACAAGUGAGGCUAAGUGAAUUUCAGCACACCGAUAGCAUUCUUUCUAGUGUCUUUCGUAUCGUAGUGUUUCAUUGAACACCGGUAACCAGAGUACUCUCACAGAUCUGGUACACGCGCACAACGAAUCUGUCACGCAUUUUGCAUCUGUACACGACGUGCCCUUGCGCUGCGACUUGAGCCGAUUGCCAGGGUUAGACGGUAAUGCUCGCGGCCAGAAUCUCUCUCUCUGUUUCCUUGCGGGUCGCCAAGGCAUGGCGAGUUGGUGCUGUAUGAUCUGUUGUGAUUUGGAAGCGGCCGUCGACAAGUUAAGUGCUACACUUUUUUGUUCGUGUUAUCCGGAGGUAUGGAAUCGUCUCAAACUUGUUGCCAGUUGGUGAAUGGUGCUCGACUGUGCACAAAUAGUGGGGCUGACAGGACGAGCCGACUGCUGGUGACCGGUGACGCGUCACCAGUCGUGAUCCCAUGUUGUGAGCGGCACGGCUUUUUAGACCAAUUUUGGCUGGCUGCCGCUGAACCUUCCAUAAAUAAGCACAAACUUCUGCCGUUCGCUGGUGGUUCUUGACACGUACUGUUGAAUAUCUGAUCUCCAAAAUAAUUUCGCAACUUGUUGACUGUGCUCGUGUCUUUUUUUUCUAUGAGAAUUUGGUGUUUGGUCGUGCCGACUAAAUGGCCAGUUCUUGUUUUGAAUAUUUUUGCAAGUGUCACGAGACCAUGCGUACAGUUUAGUACCGUACAAAACUGUCGGGGAUGUGCAGUACCGUACAAAACUGUCGGGGAUGUGCAACAUCUUAAUCGGCAAAGACACCGCUGCGGGUCUAAAUUGCGGGAGAACCGCAACCGGGUGCAUGCAUGCGCGAACGGCGGUUGUUGUGAUAUUAUGCGGCGUUACCAUUUCGUGCGCACGAGUCUGUUACGCGGUGAUGCUGUUAGGUCGACUCCCAUGCUGGAAAGCCGUGUUGACGUACGAUCCAUUGUCUGAAAUGUUCCCCUUUUCUAUGAUACAUUCCGUCCAGGGUGCUGUUCUUGGCUCAGCUGUUCGUAUGUUCGUAUGUGCUCGGCACGCGUCCAUUCCGUCCAAUCAAAUGCGACUGGCUGUUUGACGUCACUAAUAAAUACUGUAUUGUUAUCACCCGA